CUCUGUUUAGCAUAAAAUAUGGGUUUAAAUCAGACAAAAUAAAUGCUUUGGACCUCAGAAGAAAGAGACCACAAAGUUUAUAAUUUCUUUUUGUUUCUCCAAAUUCACAUCACAUGCUUCUCUCUCAUUUGGCCAAACUCUUCUCUUAGCUGCCUAUUUAAGCACUUCCAACGCCUUCUUCCCCUUCCACACAUUCAGUUUUCUCCAUCUUAAAGAAAAGUACACUAUAUUCUAUUCUAUUCUCUUCGACCCCCUUUUAAAUUUAUCCUCUUUUUCUUUCUAUCCAUCCCUGUUAACAACACACACAAAUACUAUUAUGACUCAUAACAGUACUUGUAUCAGUAUCCCACCAUUGGCUCACACCAUUGAUGAUGGCUUCUUUGAUCAUCGGUGUAUAUGGGUCAAUGGACCGGUGAUUGUCGGAGCAGGACCAUCUGGGUUGUCUGUAGCUGCAGCUCUCAAACAACAAGGCGUCCCAUUCGUUGUCGUUGACCGAGCUGACUGCAUUGCCUCUCUUUGGCAACACAGGACCUAUGAUCGUCUCAAACUUCACCUUCCAAAGCAAUUCUGUCAACUUCCCAACUUCCCUUUCCCAGAGGAGUUUCCUGCUUACCCUUCCAAGUUUCAGUUCAUUUCCUACUUGGAAUCCUAUGCCAACCAUUUUGAUAUCACCCCACGUUUCAAUGAGACUGUGCAGUCAGCCAAGUAUGAUGAAACUUUUGGUCUGUGGCGAGUCAAAACCGUUUCGUUGAGUCCAAAGCCAACCGAGGUUGAGUACAUUUGUCGAUGGCUGGUCGUCGCCACCGGCGAGAAUUCUGAGAAGGUUGUGCCAGAGUUUGAAGGGAUAGAGGAGUUUGGCGGCCAUGUUAUGCAUGCUUGUGACUACAAAUCUGGCGAGGCUUACCAUGGCAAACGGGUGCUUGUUGUCGGAUGUGGGAACUCCGGCAUGGAAAUCUCACUUGAUCUUUGUAACCAUGACGCCAAGCCAUCAAUGGUGGUACGAAGUUCGGUUCACAUAUUGCCAAGAGAAAUACUUGGAAAAUCAACUUUUGAAGUUGCAAUUUCCCUGAUGAAAUGGCUGCCACUUCAUAUGGUCGACAAGAUGCUCCUGAUCAUUGCCAGACUUGUUCUUGGGAACACUGAGAAGUAUGGACUUAAAAGGCCAUCUACAGGGCCUUUGCAGCUGAAAAACGCUGCUGGGAAGACACCGGUGUUAGAUAUUGGAGCGCUACAGAAGAUAAGAGCAGGCGAGAUCAAGGUGGUGACCGGAAUUAAAAAAUUCCGACAAGGUGCGGUGGAGCUGGUCAAUGGAGAAGUUCUAGAGAUUGAUUCUGUAAUUCUAGCUACUGGCUAUCGCAGCAAUGUUCCAUCUUGGCUCAAGGAAAAUGAGUUCUUUUCCAGUGAUGGGAUUCCAAAAAGUCCAUUCCCAAAUGGGUGGAAAGGCAAAGCAGGACUCUACGCGGUUGGGUUCACAAGAAGAGGCCUAUCAGGAGCUUCAUUGGACGCCAUUAAUGUAGCUCAGGACAUUGCCAAGAGUUGGAAAGAAGAAACAAAACAGAAGAGAAAAUCUGUGGCAGCUCGCCAUAGAAGAUGCAUUUCACAUUUCUAAUAAAAGUGUUGGGUUCAUCUUGUGAAGAACAGUAAACCAACAAAACAAAAAAAAAAACAAAAGAAACA